AUGUCAAAUCCGUCACAACCAACCCUUCUGUUACAACCUCUCUCCAUACCUCCUAAUGGAGAAACCCACUAUGAAGCACCUCCUCAUGCGCCCGAUGAAGAAGUAACAUCAGUGCAAUCCACAAUUAUUUACAAUCAAAAUGGAGUAAAUAAUUCUACAGGCGCAAACGCUAACAGUGUUUAUGUAGUCAACAAUCCCCAAUUCUCACCAUUGAAUUCUCCAGGAGUACAGAGCACUAGCCCAACCGUUCCUAUCUCGCCCACGCUUCAAUCAUCGAAUACCCAAUCAUUUAUGUUGCAGCCAGUUAAUAGUACAUUAGUCCCAGUUGCUAACCAACAGAAAACAGCGUUUCCGCAACAGACUCCGUUGGCUCAAAAUCAACAAGCAAUGAUGACCGGUAUGUCCUCUGGUGCCCUGCAACAAUAUUUUUGCUCAAAUUGUCAGACGUCUGUUCUACCUCUUGAGGAAACGAGUCAAACACCGCUAGGAUAUUUGUUUGGAUUCAUCAUGUGUAUCGUCAUACCGGGCAUUGGAUAUGCGUGCGGGAGAGUGUGUGUCGCAACGGUUCGAAAGUGUCCUUAUUGUAUGGAGGUUAUCCCAAGCGGGGUGUUUGCAGGUGGGAAUAAUCAGAUGGUUGGACAAACUCAAAUGGUUGGGCAAACUCAAAUGGUCGGACAGCCUCGAAUGGCUGGCACGCAGACUUUUACACAGAAUCAAUUAGUGGGGCAGAAUCAAAUGAUGACUACUGGGCAGUCUCAGUAUCAACUGGUUGGGCAGAAUCAAUUGGUGAGGCAGAAUCAAUUGGUGGGGCAGAAUCAAUUGGUUGGGCAGAAUCAAUUGGUCGGGCAGAAUCAAUUGGUUGGGCAGAAUCAAUUGGUCGGGCAGAAUCAAACGAUGACUACUGGACAGACUCAAUAUCAGAUGGUCGGGCAGAUCAAAUAG